CACACCUAAUCACCCUCCUCCUAAACACAAUCACCCCAACGAACCUCCCAGCCCUGUCAUCCCUCAUGCAAGAAACAUACGCAUCCCCCACAUACACCAAACACCGCCUCACAACCGGCGUCAUAACCCUCGCAACCUCCUUCGCCUCCGCAAUCAUCCUCUCUAAAUCACUCGCGCACAUCCUCGCAUUCAACCUUCACGUCCCAACACCACCCUCCUUCAUCACUGUCGCCACAAUCGGGGGGACGGCAUUCGCGACGUUUGCGGGGGGGUGGUGGGUCGUGUAUCAAGCUUUCAAACCAUCCUCGACAUACCUCGCCACACAUUCCGAGUCCCACGAACUCUCGGAUCCGAGCCGGAGUAUUGGGAUGAGGAAGGGGCUGGGGGUGGUGGGGGCUGCGGGGAGUACGGGGCAGGUGAGGUUGCCGGAGGAGAGGCCGGUUGGGGUUAGGUGGAGGGAUGGGGUGGGUUUGUGGAAGAGGUGGGUUGGGAAGGAAGAGUUGGAGAUUUGGGAUGGGGUUAGAAGGAGGUUGCUUGAAAUUGACGAGGGGAGUGGCAAGGAGGAGGUUCGGGGUGAGAAGAGUCUUAGGCCGGAAUUUAAGAAGAUCUUGAGGGGGAGGGGUAUGGCCUUGGAUUUUGGGUGGGAGAAGGAGGCGUCGGAGUAUCUUCGUUGAUCGUGUUGUAGACCACAUAUACCAAGCGUCAAGCGCUCCGAACAACGUCAAAAAUGCGAUGGUUCUACUAUGAGACACUGUGAGUGCGGUAAAUGGAAACGGGGGUAGCCUGAAAUAGAAGAGAGAACGCCAAUGAAUGCUAUACCUCCUUUCCCAAAUCAUAAUCCUUCACAUAUCAUACAACUCGCUCGCCCCUACUCCCUAUACCCCCCAUCCCUCUCAACCUCCCCAUCCCAAACCCCCUCAACCUCCUCCACCUCCCCCUCCUUCUUCCCCUCACGGCUUCCUAGAACCUUGACUUCGCCUUCCUCCAUCCCAACCCUAACAACCUCCCCAUCCCUA